AUGCUCAUCGGUAUGGACAAACUUCAGGGGUGUUCCCUCGACAGAUAUCGUAACCAUCAGUUACAAGGCUAUGAUAACGGCAAGCCCAAGCAGGGACAGGGAUUCUAUCCCGAAAAAUUCCGAACUCAGCAGAUAGAGUUCCUGAAGGGACAGAUCCUAGAAGUGCCACUGAUCAGAGAGCAAACAUCAUCUUCUCUGACCAAAGAGAAAACAAGGUAUACAGGACCACCUGGUGGUGUGAAGCAACCUGAAGAUUGGAAUAUCACAAGGCCACCUCAUAGCAGUCCCUCCCCCUGGAAAGGCUCACAUUCCUCAAGAAGCAGAGCACCCCCAUCAAGGCAAGGUGUAUCUAAGCUUACCUCUCAUUUCCAACAGUUAUCUAUCAGUCGAGAUCAGGAGCAAAGUAUUUUGAAACUUUUAGGGGAACUUGGGGAAGGGCAAAGUGCUACAGUGUAUGACCUUGCCAGGAGGCUUGGGGUCCAAAAGAAAGAAGUAAAUCGAGUUUUGUACCAUCUGCUGAAGCAGGGGAAGCUACAAAGGGAAGAAGCAAUACCCCCUAACUGGAGAAUCAUACCACCUUUCCAUUCCUGGAAGAAAUCUAACCAAGUUGGAAGACAAGAAAGUGUCAAAAGGGGUCUAAGGAGAAACUCCAGUUCAAACUUGAAAGACAAAAAUUUCAUACCGGACUCAGAUCCAUUUGCUUUUGUCAACAUGGCUGAAAUCAAGGAGAAAAUCUGUGCCUACUUAUUUGAUGUUCCAGAUUCCUCUGCCCUGAACUUGGCCAAAAACAUUGGUCUUGCUAAGGCUCGAGAUAUAAAUACCUUACUCUUUGACUUGGAAAGGCAGGGAGAUGUUCGAAGGGAAGGAUUCACUCCUCCCAAGUGGUCAUUGACAGUCAAAAAGCGAGAGAGAAUGCAACUUAAAAAAAAUGAAAAUAUCCCAGGAGGCCACCCUAUGACCCAGAAAGAUAUUGGGGUUGAGCCAGGUAGCUUAGGUAUCACCACCAGACCCAUCACUAGGAACGAUGAGGAAAAUGUUGAGAACGGGCAUCGGCCUCCAUCAAGGCCAACAGAGGAUGGCAAUGUAGCCAUCCCAGGGUUGUUUGAAGAGCCCCUAGUUCAAGACAAUGACCCCUCGGACCUGAGGUUUGAAAAUGGUCAGUGGGCUACAGAUGACAUCCCAGAUGACUUAAAUAGCAUUAAGCAGGGAGAUGAUCUGCACACCAUAAUGGAUCUACCCAACUAUAUGGCCCGUGUUGGUGCCUCAUCACAGUUCACAGCUAUCAAGAAACUAACAGCUUGCCGACAAAAGAACCCAAUCAGUGGACUGUUAGAAUAUGCUCAGUUCACCUGCCAGACCUGUGAGUUCACACUCUUAGAGCAAAGUGGCCCAUCACACGAACCCCGAUUUAAAUACCAGGCUGUGAUCAGUGGCCGACGGUUCCCUCCAGCAGAAGCUGGCAGCAAGAAGCUGGCCAGGCAAGAUGCCGCUGCAAAAGCCAUGACGAUCCUAUUUCAAGAAUCUGGAGCCCAAGAGGAGGUAACCUCAGAAGGGCUACCUCCACCCGUGGAAGAAGAACCAGAGCAGCCUUCAGCUGCAGAAUCUGAGCCAUGUCCCAUCAGCCCCUCAAGUCUUCUUUUUGGGAAGAACCCCAUUAGUGUGUUGAUGGAGCAUGUGCAAAAGAAUGGGAGCACCUGUGAAUUCCUCCUCAUAUCCCAGGAAGGGCCAGCCCAUGACCCCAAGUUUAAAUACUGUGUAAAGAUGGGGAGUCAGACAUUUCCAACCAUGAUGGCCAAUAGCAAGAAAGCAGCAAAGCAGAUGGCAGCUGAGGUAGCUGUGAAGGCUCUCUGUGGAGAUUCUAGCCUGACCCCUUGGACCAAGCAACCAAGCAUCGACUACUUUAAUGAUCCUCCUGCACCCCUUGCUGGCCUGGGAGAAGCUACACCAGGCAAGGCCAAGAAGAUUGGGGAUCUCAUCAAAUACCUAAAUGCCAACCCUAUCAGCGGCCUGUUUGAAUAUGCCCGGUCCAAUGGCUUUGCUGCUGAAUUCAAAUUGGUAGAUCAAUCUGGACCACCCCAUGAGCCCAAGUUCAUUUACCAAGCAAAAGUUGGAGGUCGCUGGUUCCCAGCUGUCAGCGCUCACAGCAAGAAGCAGGGCAAACAAGAGGCGGCUGAUGCAGCCCUGCGUGUCCUCAUUGGGGAGACAGAGAGGGCAAGGCGCACCGCAGGCGUGGGCAUUUCAGAGCUUCCUCUAUCUGGCAGCACCCUCCAUGAUCAGGUGGCCAUGCUGAGCCACCAGUGCUUCAGCUCUCUCACCGCACCCAUCCAACAUAGCCUGCUUGGCCGCAAGAUCCUGGCCGCCAUCAUCAUGAAGAAAAGCGAUGACGAUCUGGGCCUUGUGGUCAGCUUCGGGACAGGGAAUCGGUGUGUAAAGGGAGAAGAGUUGAGUCUAAAGGGGGAGACAGUCAAUGAUUGCCAUGCAGAAAUCAUCUCCCGGAGGGGCUUUAUCAGGUUUCUCUACCAUGAGUUAAUGAAGUAUAGUCCCAUCUCUUGGAAAGAGAGUAUAUUUGAGCUUGCCCAUGGAAAUAAGCUACAAAUAAAAAGGAAUGUGACUUUCCAUCUUUACAUCAGCACUGCCCCCUGUGGAGAUGGAGCUCUCUUCGACAAGACCUGCAGUGAUCCUCCAGAGGGCUACGUGGAUACACAGCACCAGCCGCUCUUUGAAAACCCUAAACAAGGCAAACUUCGCACCAAGGUAGAAAAUGGAGAAGGUACAAUUCCAGUGGAGUCAAGUGACAUCCUGCCAACGUGGGAUGGUAUUCAGCAUGGAGAAAGACUGCGCACAAUGUCUUGCAGUGAUAAGAUUCUUCGUUGGAAUGUGCUUGGCCUGCAGGGGGCAAUGCUCUCCCACUUCUUGCAGCCUAUUUAUCUCAGCUCAGUCACUCUUGGUUACUUGUACAGCCAGGGUCAUCUGACACGGGCAAUCUGCUGCCGUAUGUUCAAAGAGGAAAGUGCAUUCCGAGAAGGACUAAAGCCUCCAUAUACUGUUAACCAUCCUAAGGUGGGCAGGGUUAGUAUAUACGAUUCCACAAGGCAGACUGGGAAAACCAAGGAGUCCAGUGUCAACUGGUGUGUGAGCGAUAGAACUGAAAUCGAGGUCCUGGACGGCACCAAAGGCAAAGUGGAUGGACCAAGACUCGAUGUGUCACGUCUGUCUAAGAGGAGCAUGUUCAGCCUGUUUCAGCAACUGUGUGCCCACCAGAACCGCAAGGACCUACUGAGGCUCGUUUCCUACAAUGAGGCCAAGGAAGCUGCCCGGGACUACCAGGUGGCCAAGCACUACUUCAUAAAAGGUCUGAAGGACAUGGGUUUCGGCAGCUGGAUCAGCAAACCUCUGGAGGAAAAGAACUUUUCCCUCUGUGAUGCAUAGUGUGCUCAGUCAGCUGUUGUUUUGGGGAGUUU